AGUUUAUCCAUAAACGAAUGUCUGCUAUUUGAGGCUGAUUUAUGGACAUUAAGUCCCCCUUGUCAGCCUUUUACACGCAUGGGCAAACAAAAGCAAGGAAUGGACACGAGAAGCUCGUCGCUUCGUACUAUUAUUGACUUAAUACGUCGCAUCAAACCACCAGCCAUUCUACUAGAAAAUGUUAAGGGAUUCGAAGGUUCAGAUGCCUGGCGUUCGCUCAUUGAAACACUUGUCUGUUGUGAUUAUGAUAUUAGGCAAUUUCUGCUGACGCCACUUCAAUUCGGGGUUCCGAAUUGUCGUUUACGUUACUACCUGGUUGCAAAGUUGCGCACUGAGCCUCAACGGUCUAUGUUCUCAUUCGGCCAAACUCCAAUUAAUUCAACGGAUGCGUCCACAGAAGCAGAUUCCAACAUUCUACGUUUUCCCAUCUUUGAUGUUCCUCUCCUGCCUAAUUGUCAAUGUAUCGUAUGUACAGAAAAAGCACGGUACGUUGGUCAUGAAAUAAGAAGUAUCGCCAUCAACAUGCUUCCAGCGAAUAUUACAUCAAUCGAGGACCACUAUGCGGCCUAUGUACCUCUUUGUCGGCCAAUUCAGGAGUUCUUGCUUCCUAAAACGGACGUUCCAGUAUGGUGUUUGAUUUUACAUCACUACUGCAUUCAGGAAUAUCUGUUUCUAAGUAAAUCCGACAAGGAGAGAUUCUACCGUAUCCUCGACAUUGUUUCUCCUGAAAGCCACAAAAGUGCGUGCUUCACAAAGGGAUAUGGACAAAGAUUUGAAGGGACCGGGUCUUUUCUCACUCUUACUAGGGUACCUCCCGCAGACACGGACGCCACAUUUCCCCCUACUCUUCGGGCGUUCCACUCAAAGGAGAUUGCGAACCUCAUGUGCUUUCCGGCUGAUUUCGAAUUCCCAGAAGAAGUGACAGAAAAGCAGCGCAAGCGUUUGCUUGGUAACAGUAUAAACGUCUUGGUUGUUGCUCACAUUCUUAACUGGGCCUUCUCGACUAACUAA